UUUUUUAACAACACUGUUAUUUCUGUUAUAAUUUCCAUUUAUUUUUGGUCAUGUUAUAUUAAUUUAUGUUUAUGAAUUGUAUUUUAAAUACAUAUACCACCAAGAUUUCAUCAAACCUUUUAUUUUACUUGUUGAUGUGCUUCUGUGCCCUGAAGUAUAAGUGAAAUAGUAGUGUGAAAUGGAAUUGCAAUGCAAGGUACAAAACUAUGAAUGGGGUAAACAGGGGCUUAACAGUAAAGUUGCCAAUUUAUUAGCAAGCGCUGACCCUAGUGUAACUAUUGAGCCCGAUAAACACUAUGCAGAGUUGUGGAUGGGUACUCACUCAAAUGGACCCUCGCUUAUUAUAGAACGAGGUGUGUUGCUGUCUGAAUAUAUACAGAACAAUCAUGAUGCAAUAGGACCUGAAGUAAAAAAGAAGUUUGGUAUACAAGUACCAUUUUUGCUAAAGGUCUUAUCAAUAGAAAAAGCAUUAUCUAUACAGGCACAUCCAAGUAAAGAACAUGCUGAACAGCUUCAUCAGAGUUGUCCUGAAAGGUACACAGAUUCAAAUCACAAACCUGAGUUGUCAAUUGCAUUGACACCUUUCGAAGCCUUGUGUGGAUUCAGGCUGUUACCUCAAAUUCAGUCAUAUUUAUCUAAAUUGCCAGAAUUAACUGAAAUAUUGCCACAAGAUGCUGUAAAUGCUAUAUUGGCACAUGAGGAACAAGGGAACAGUAAUAAAGUCUUAAAACAAGUUGUUCAGGGCUUAAUGUUAUGUGACAAAACCGCUAUAGCAAAUAGCUUAAAGAGCUUGGUAACAAGACUAGAAAACGAGGAUCCAGAGACGCAAUCAACGUUACUGUAUCCGCUGAUACGUCGUCUCCACCAAGACUAUCCCGGCGACCUGGGCUGUUUUGCGCCUUAUUUCAUGAACUAUAUGCAACUUAGGCCGGGGCAGGCGAUAUUCCUUAAAUCAAAUUUACCACAUGCUUAUAUUAGUGGAGACUGUGUGGAAUGCAUGGCUUGUUCCGACAACGUGGUACGUGCCGGUCUCACGCCCAAGCCUAUUGAUAUCGAAACCCUCAUAGAGAUGUUAGACUACAGCAGCUAUGCGCAGGAGCAAUUGCUAUUCAAUCCACAUAUGGAGGAUGUAAACUGCUGCAUCUGGAGACCGCCGGUACCUGACUUCGCUAUAGUCAAAAUUAGGGUGGAGAGCGAUGGUGAUCCUUACAACACCAUAAUCAGAGCUAGUCCAAGCCUCAUUCUCAUCAUUUCCGGAUCCGGAGAAGUAUGUGAUACAUUACCUAUCACAGCUAAGCCAGGAGUAGUCGUGUUCUUGAAAGCCAGCCGCCAGUUGACAAUAACACCAUCCCCAGGGGAUCAUAUCGAAGCUUACCAAGCUAUAUGCAAUGUUUAACAUCUUUUUCAAUAACACAACCAAAU